GUAUUAUGAAAUGUUAUGUCUUUAGAUGAAAUAUCCAAAUUAUAUGAAAUUUCCGAUAGAUGGAACCAAUUUUCCGAGCGUUUGGAGGCCUUGAGCGGGAAUACGAGUAGAAGGUAUCUUGAAGUGAGAUAUUCUAAUUUUGGGAAUACCACUAUUUCACGAACUUCAACUUAUCAGUGUCAUUUGCCGAAAACGCACAUUAUACCAACAUGUUUUCUCAUACUGCCACAGCAUACGCGAUGCACAAUGACUGAUGCUGAACACUUUGUUCUCCCAAAUGAGCAGCCAGUAGUGGAGCUUGACUGCACAACUGCUUUCAAAUGUCUGACUCCCAGAGAGAAGUUGUAUGCACACUACUUGAGUCGGGCUUCAUGGAAUGGCAGCCUCAUCAUUCUUGUGCAGACCUCACCAGAGGCCCCACUUGUGUUUGUGUUGCUACACAAACUAUUCUCUCUUCAGCCUCUUUCUGAGCUGAAGAAGGCUGCACUGGGGGACCAGGGAGUCACACCUGAUGAGUUCCAAGCACUCCUGGUAUACACAUCAGGUAUCUUCACCAAUGCCGGGAACUACAAGGGUUUUGGUGACAGCAAGUUUGUCCCAAAUCUACCAGCUGCCAAGUUUGAAGUGGUCAUCAAAUGCAGUGAGGCGUAUCACAGGGAACCCAAAGUUAUGCAGUCUCUGUGGGACCGUUGCAAGGAUGCCAUCUAUUUGCUGAAGGAGGGCGUGAAGUGUCUUGGAUUCCAUGACAAGGGUACAACAACAUACUUCUCUAGUAACUGCACCCUGGAGGAUGCCAACCUGGUGACACAGUUCCUGAAACACCAGAGCAUGGAGGCCUACAAUAGUCGGGUGUUCAAGACUGUGGAGGAUGGAGUUCCCACAUAUGAGAUACGACUCGCGUCAGUUGAGACAGGGAGUGACCCAGAUGUUACGCAGAAGGAUGUUGACUGCAUGAGUUGCAGAUUCCGAAUCACACGAGGGGACUGUUCCAGACUUCUGGCGCUUGUUGUGCAAGAUUUGGCUAAAGCGAAGGAUCAUGCUAUGAAUGACUUGGAGAGGAAGAUGCUGGAGCAUUACAUUCAGAGCUUCACACGUGGCACACUGAGUGACCACAAAGAUGGCUCCCGUUUCUGGAUCAAGAACAAGGGCCCUGUGGUUGAGACAUACAUUGGCUUCAUUGAGACAUACCGAGACCCAGCAGGCAUGCGUGGUGAGUUUGAGGGUUUUGUGGCCGUGGUGAACAAGGAGAUGUCUGCGAAGUUUGCUAAGUUGGUAGAUCAGGCUGAGGCAUUACUACCAGAGCUCCCUUGGCCCAGAGGCUUUGAGAUAGACAAGUUCCUACUCCCGGACUUCACCUCGCUUGAUGUCCUGACGUACGCUGGUAGUGACAUUCCUGCAGGGAUCAACAUCCCAAACUAUGAUGAAAUUCGUCAAAAUGAGGGCUUCAAAAAUGUGUCACUGGGGAAUGUGAUCCCAGCCCAGUACAAGCAGAGUGUGAUGUCCUUCCUUUCAGAGGAGGAUAAGGACUUGCUGACAAAAUACAGGGUGCAGGCAUUAGAAUUGCAAGUUGGCCUGCAUGAAUUGCUGGGCCACGGCAGUGGGAAGCUAUUGCGCAAACACAAGGAUGGACAUUUCAACUUUGAUCCAGCGAAGCUCACCAACCCCUUGGAUGGCGAACCAAUCAAAUUGUGGUAUGAAGAUGGUGACAGUUAUGACUCCAAGUUCACAACAAUAAGCUCAUCAUAUGAGGAGUGUCGAGCUGAAUGUGUGGGACUCUUCCUCAGCUUGAACAAGGAUGUCUUGAGCAUUUUUGGGCUUGAGGGGCAAGAGGCUGAGGAUGUCACAUAUGUGAACUGGCUGGCCCUGCUGUACCAGGCAGUUGGCAAAGCCUUGGAGAUGUACCAGCCUUCCACCAAGGUUUGGCUUCANGCACAUGCGCAAGCAAGGUAUGUCAUCCUGCGUGUACUUUUAGACGCAGGAGGUGACUUUGUGACUGUCACUGAAACUGUGGAGGGAAAGGACCUGCUGUUGAAGGUGGACAGAAACAAGAUUGCUUCUGUAGGCAGGAGCGCCAUCAGUGACUUCCUACUUAAAUUACAGGUAUAUAAGUCGACCGGAGAUGUUGCAGCUGCACAGACUAUGUAUGACAAGUACUCGGAGGUGCCUGAUGAUGGUCCACACCCAUGGGGCAAGUGGAGAGACAUUGUGAUGGCACACAAACAGCCACGCAAGAUGUUCGUGCAAGGCAACACUAUUCUCAGUGAAGGGAGUGAGGUCAGUCUCAAGAUGUAUGAUGCCACACACGAGGGGCUCAUUCAGUCCUGGAUAGACCGUUUCCAGUCAUCUGACAUCUAUGUUAUCCUAGAGGAGUUGUGGGAGAAGGAUCAGAAAUACUUCUGAACAUGAAAGAGUUGUGCCAGAACAGCAAGUUAUAACAUUCAUAAAAUUCAAUAAAUGUAUACUAAAUUUUA